AUGGCGGAUGAACAAUGUGUAGUUAUAGACAAUGGUUCAUCUUCUCUAAAAAUUGGACUUUCAGGAAGCUAUAGUCCCUCUUUCGUAGUCCCGUCGAUCGUAGCAAACGCGCGUGCCAAGUAUAAGGACAAGUUCAGCGACGAGUACUACUUUUUAGACGACUUUGAGUCGAACCUCGAGUACAUGUCCCUGGCACACCUGAUCGACCAUGGACACAUCACCGAUUUCGACAAACUCGAGUUGCUGUGGCAGCACUGCUUCAACAAACUGGAGCUGCACUCGGAUUGCAGGCCAGUGCUGCUGACGGAGGCACCCUUUUCGUCCUCGAGCGACCGGGUGAAGACGUCGGAAAUCUUCUUUGAAAAGUUCAACGUCGACGACCUAAACAUCUCAGUCUCGGGGCUGCUUUCCAUGUACGGCCUCGGAAAACUGACCGGCACCAUGGUGGAGAUAGGAGACGGAGUCACGCAGGUGAUCCCCGUGAUUGAAGGGUACUCGGAGCGCGCGUCAAUCAACCGAGUCGACUUCGGAGGACUCGAGCUGACGAUGUACCUGCAGAAGCUGCUGUGCACCCGAGGCUACUACCUGACGUCCAGAAGCGACUUCCAGCUGGUGCGGAGGCUGAAGGAGAAGCUGUGCUUCUGCUCCCUGGACCCGCACGCCGACGAGGAAAGACUCGACCUGGAGGAGGUGUACACGCUGCCCGACGGCAUGGUGCUCCGCGACGGGGAGACCACCGAGAUCGACCUGUCGUUGGAGCGCUUCUACGUCUGCGAGGCGCUCUUCAACCCGAGCAUCGUGGACAGCGACGUCCCGGGCAUCGUCAAGACUGUCUGGAAGUCGAUCCUCUCGAGCGCCAUGACCAGCCGCACCACGCUGACGGACAACAUUUUCAUUUCGGGCGGCACCACACUCUUUCCGAACUUCGAGAAGCGCCUCCAGGUGGAGCUGCAGGACAUAGCGCCGCCCGGCGGCAGGAACAAGGUGAAGGUGACCGCGCACCCCGACCGCCACACCAUGGCUUGGCGCGGCGGCUCAAUUCUCUCCGAGCCCAAGCUGAAGGACAUAAGCUCCAACAUGUGGAUUUCCAGGUCCGAAUGGGACGAAAACGGCCAGGAAAUAGUUCUCCGGAAAUUCGGACUUGACAACUAA